AUUGCAGGUUCUGUUCAUUUAUGGAACAUAACAUUUUUUAUUUAAAUAAGAGUGAGAAAAUAAAAGAAUUUAUAUUAAUAAUUAGUCAACAGCUAGUCUCGUUUCUAGUAUAAUGCGUAAUUAUAUUACAAUAUUUAAAAAAUGCUAAUUAUUACAAUUAAAGUUGACAUUUUUUUAUAGCACAUCAAAUCUUUUACUUAAGUAAAAAUGAAAAAAUUAAAUAAUUUAUAUUAAUCAUUAGUCAACAGCUAGUUUCGUUGAGUAAUGAUCUAAUAUAUAAAUAGUCUCUCGAAAUAUCAAGGCGCGCACAGAAAAAGUAAAUAACUCGGUUGGUCACAUAGUGCCAGUGUCUAGUAAAACCGACGCUAAAAAUAAUUUAAAAACAACUAAGAGCGAGAUCAUCGAUGAACUAGUUCGCAUAGUUCACCUAAAGGAGCGCUCUUCCGACCUAGGUCGUUCGCGAACUACCCAAGACUAGUAAACAAGUAAAUUGCCAAAAGAUACCCUGAUAGCCAGAUAUUGCUCUACAAGUGUUGCAGUGAAACAUUUACGGCUAAUAUAACUCAAUGAGAAAGUUUCUGGCAAAUCUUAGCUUCAGAUUACGGCAGUAGCUUGAAUGUAACUUGCCGUCAAUUUGAAGUGAAACUUUCAAUCAACUUAACGUCGUCGUCUGACGUUAGUACUUGUAGUCAAAUUGAAUAGAAAGUUGCAGACAAUUAACUGUCAACUUAAAGAUUGAAUGGGAAACACUAACAAUAAAAUAAAUAAAUACUCGCGACGUCAAUAUAGCAGUCAGUGUAGUCUCAGUAGUAUUAUCAGCGGAGGUUGUACGGGAACGACAGAAUCUAUUUAUGAAGAAUACAGACCAUUGUCACGUAUUUCACGACGAGCAUGGACUGAAGGAACAUUGAAUGAUCCAUUGAGUUCAUCAAAAACAGUAUGGCCUGUACCAAAAUUUGAAGCGAUAUUUUUACCAGAAUUCAAAGUCCGAGAACGUCCAAUUAAUAAUGAUUACAAUUUUAUUAAAUUCAUCGCCAAAGGAGCUUACGGCCGUGUAUUUAAAGUCAAAGAUAAAGUUACUGGAAACAUUUAUGCUUUGAAAGUUAUUUGCAAAUCAAGAAUAAUUGAAGAAAAUGCAGUUGAACAAGUCAAACAAGAAGUGGCUAUUCAAAAAGCAGUCAGUCAUCAUCCAUUUAUUGUUCACUCCUGUCAUCAUUGGCAAGGCAGAAAAACUUUAUAUAUGUUAACAGAAUAUGUGAAUUGUGGUGAACUUUAUUAUCUAAUUCGCGAGUAUGAAAAAUUACCAGAAGAAGUUGUUAGAAUUUAUGUUGCUGAAUUGGCUUUAGCUAUAGAUUUUCUUCACAAUGCUGGCAUUGUACAUAGAGAUUUAAAAUCUACAAAUGUAUUAUUAGAUAAUGAAGGACACGCGGUACUAAUUGAUUUUGGUUUAGCUAAAUGGUUGCGUCCAUUACAUCGUACUAAUACAUUUUGUGGUACACAAGAAUAUAUGGCUCCUGAAAUAGUCCGUAGAGAGUAUUAUGGUCAUGAAGUUGACUGGUGGUCUUUAGGAGUUCUUACAUGUGUUCUUCUUACUAAUAAGUUUCCAAUCACAUUAACUGAAAAGAGUAUAGAAGAUAACGGUAGAUCAAUAACUCCAGGAGCAUUACCAGAAGGCAUAGAAAUUUCAAAAGGAGCUGAAGAUCUUCUAAAAAAAUUACUUCAACCAGAUCCUAGAGCUCGGUUACGAUCGCUAUUCGCAUUACAACGAAUUGCUUUUUUUAUGGGACAUGAUAUCCAAAGUUUUAUGUCGAAAAAAAUUUCACCUUUUAAAUUACUCGGCAGAAAAAUAGGCCACAGCGUACAAUUACAUGAGACUGAAUGCAAUGGUAUUUUAAAUGACUUACAAUCUUCCAAUGGCAAUGUCCAUCAUAAAACCAAUCAAUUAAUUAAUUAAACCAACUAAUUAACUAAAAUGGUCAUUAAUGUUCUUUUAAUAAUUUUUUUAGGCGCCAAUUUAAAAUAAUAACUUACGAUCAAUGUUGCCAAUUACCAGUACAAUAAUAUUAUUUAAUAUUAUAGUCAUAUUAUGUAAUUGAAUUAUUUCUUACAUGUAAUUUCAACUUUCUAUAUAAUAUUAUAAAGUCAAUUACAAAUGAUAAAUGUGCUUAUGAAUCUCAGGAAUAAAUAUCGAAUAUUUAUUUCAAUUUAUACAAAUGUAACUUAAGAUAAAUAUUUGUUUAAUUUAUGAACAUUCUUAUUUUAAGU